CCGACUGAUCUGGCGGGCGAUCCCAAAGAGGAUUUGAUUGUAAACAAAUUUAGGGUUUGGAUGCUGUGCGGCUGUUAAAUUUAGACAACGAUGGAGAUGGCUCACCUCGGUGCUGAGAGACGAGCAAAGAGGCCGCUGGGUUUAUUGCAAGGAGAAAACUGGGGUUAUUCGCGUUGAGAAGUGCCGAGAGGUUUAGAAGAGAUACUAUUGUGUGAUAUUGAGGUGCUUUAAUUGGGUGCUACUACCAGGAUGUGCCAGCAAAGCUGAGAAAAAAAUUACUAGAUCAGAUAUAUUUUUGAAGCUCAGAUGACUUCUGCACCAGACGCUUCGAAACCGUCGCCGGUGUCGCUAACAGAGGCUAUAAGCAGUAGCGAUGACCUAUGGCGCUCGGUUCUUUGUCAGCACGACUGCGAGUUCGAUCUGGAUCAUUUCGAAGCUGCUAUGCUCAACUUGAUUUUCCAGCCAAAUAUCAAUUCGUCGAGUAUCAUGCGAACCGAUGUCGUCUACGAUUCCGAAUCGCAUGGUACGAAUGGAGCCGAGGCCGGAGCUGCGGACGAGUUUGUUGCUCAGGAGAGAAGAGUGACGCUCGGUCUUGUCGAGUCCGGUCUGCUGUCGUCUGAUCUUCCCGACCGGCGGAUUCUCAGGACACUGGUUCCCCGGAACCCAAACAAGGAUUUGCCAAUGAAACAGACAUGUCAUAUAUAUUCGUCCGACCACACCCGCUCUGUUGUGUACAUCCCUCACCUUGACAGCCGGGACGCAACACCAUACUACCACCCAGCCGUUUCCGGAAUCUUACUGCAGUACAAAAAGCCGGCGAACGACGCAAACGCGCUGGGUGAGCUGCGGUUGUAUUAUCGACUGUUCCCAGAAGACCAGCACACCGGACUUUCAAACCGUCUAGAGCGGACUGCGCUUAGACUUAUUACAACAGCCGCCCGUCACUCAAAGGGUACAAUGAGCGGAUACGAGAAACGCGUGCAUCAUGAUGUGGUAGUCGACAAAGUCGCGUUCCAAAACAGAUAUCUGGAGCUGAAGGACAAGCAUGCGAGAUUUUUGAUUGACAACUGGGUUGAGUCUACCGAUCCAAAAAAGCAUGUGUUUGAGGAUCUGUCGAUUGCGGCUUUCUUGAUUGAGCUAUGGCAGACUCGGUUCGGCCAUAGUCCAGACAGCAAAAAGCUCAUAUUUGCGGACCUGGGCUGCGGUAAUGGCGUGCUGGUCUAUAUUCUUAUCAUGGAGGGAUACGAAGGCUACGGAAUCGAAGCGCGAAGACGCAAGACUUGGUCGAUCUUCCCACAGCGCGUGCAGGACUGUCUGCGUGAGCAGGUUCUUCUACCAUACCUCUGCUUCGACAGCGAAGAGGCAGAGCACCAGUGGUCUUCCGAGACCGGUCUCCGCUUCCACAACGGCAAAUUCGAUUCCGCCACAUUCAUCAUCGGAAACCACUCCGACGAGCUAACGCCCUGGAUCCCGCUCCUCGACUGCCCGUUCAUCGUGAUCCCCUGCUGCUCGCACGCAUUCUCGGGCGCCAAACACCGGUAUCCGACGACUGUUAGCGCCGCGACGGCGCUCGACAAGGCGACCGGACAGCAGAAACUGAGUACCUACGGUGCACUGGUCGAGCAUGUCGCUCGUCUGGCGGAUCAGCUGGGUUGGAGUGUGGAGCGCGAGAUGCUACGGAUACCGAGUACCAGAAAUGCCUCGAUUAUUGGACUAGGUAAACGGGAGGAGGGCGGGGUGCUUUCACCGAGAGAGGUUCUGAUGCAGAAUGGAGGAGCUGCUGGGUUCAUCGAGAACGUCACCGCACUGAUGAGUAGGAAUCCUCGCUCACACUGAACGCAGCGGGUGUGUCAUUAUCUAUGUGUAUAAUUCCAAA